UCCAAGUUUGAACACCUUACCAUAUAAAGACUGCCACUAAAUACCAAAUAAAUCCCGUUAGAUAGUAGGAGGAGUUGUUCACCCAUAUCAACUUAAUAUCGUCAGCUUCUUCCUUCCUUGCUCUACAAAAGCCCAGAACUCAGUUCUUCCAAAACCAUCAUUGUCUUCAGAGUAUACAAAGGUUUUUAACAUUAAAAAUAACAAGAGAAGAAAGUGACAAAGGUUUCCAACACAAUUGCAUAAAACAAUUCAAAUGGCACACAGAAAAAUGAUGGGUUUGGUUUUUGUCAUAAUGGCAAUGCUGUGUGCAGGAGCUGCAGCCCAAUCAAGUUGUACAAAUGUGUUAAUCACCCUGUCGCCUUGUCUUAACUAUAUCACAGGGAAUUCCUCAACCCCGUCUUCAGGAUGCUGCUCACAGCUCUCCAGUGUUGUGAGAUCAACCCCACAAUGCCUGUGUCAGGUUCUCGGUGGGGGUGGAUCGUCCCUGGGAAUCAACAUCAAUCAGACUCAGGCUCUGGCCUUGCCUGGUGCUUGCAAGGUGCAAACCCCACCCACCAGUCAGUGUAACAAAUCGUCUUCACCAGCAAACUCAGCUGCUUCACCAGCAAACUCACCAACAGGAACAGAAGCAGAGUCUCCAAAUUCUGUUCCAUCAGGAUCCGGAUCCAAAUCCACUCCCACAGCCGGUGAUGGUUCAUCCAAUGGAAAUUCAAUCAAGCUGUCGAUUCCUCUGUUCCUUAUUUUGGCAGCAACAUAUGCUUCAGUUAUCUGAACAUACUGAUUCUUUAAUCAGUUGGCUUCCCAUUUGAAAUUCUUUUUUUUUUUUGCUUGUUAUUUCUGAUUGUUGUUGUUUAAUCAUAUAUUGUCAAGGUAUCCCUUGUGCUGAAGGGUUCAAUCUAUUCAUUUUGUGACCUCUAUUGGGUUAUGUAAUUUUGUAUUAUGAGAAGGAUUUAUUCUCUCCUUUAUCAAUAAAACAUGGAUUGAAAUUUGUGGUGUGUCA